GUGUGUGUGUGUGUGUGUGUGUGCGCACAUUAAUUUUUUACAUCAUAUUUUAUUAUUCUUAAUUCGUUAUACUUAUUACAUUCUAUUUUUUCUUCUGUAUAUGCUUCUCAUCUCGUUUUCAUUAAGAGUUGAAGAAACAAGAAAAUGACGGAAAGAGGUAGUCGACGAGUCGCCAGGACAAGCUUGUGUCUACUGGCGGCACUCGUGUUGUUCUCUGCCACAAGUGACAUCAAUAGGGCCCAUGCUUAUCCGCUCGAAUCUCUGGACUUCUACGGCGCUUUUGUACAAGACACGGAAAAUAGUGAGAUCAGUUUGGUGGACCGUCUACAGCAACUAAUAAGGCAGAAACAGCAGAUAGUCAAACAGGAGAACGAGAUCAGCAACGAGGAGAUCGAGAUCGAAGCGAUUCUGGGGGCGAAGGCUCGGGAACGAGAGCACGCGAUGGAACAAUCGCCACAGCGCUCGGGCAAACGAAACGGAUUGGGGCUGUGCACAUCCAAGAUCGGUUGCUAAUCAGUCUGAUAAUCGUGUAAAAGACAAAUAAAAAGUAGUCGCAAGAGUUCGAAACAAAUGGCGGACGCGGCGAGGAGCUGAAGAAUUAGGAGGUAACAUUAUUGUGCUUUAAGAAGACAUUAGUAAGGAUCAAUAAAACACCGUCCGCCACACAAUUAAUUAAAAACUGAAUCGAGGGAAAUGGCGAAGCAGCCGUCGAUUUUUAAUUAUUUCAAUUAUCUCUUUCAUUCUUCUUCCGAAAUAUGUAUAUCUCUUCGUUAAAAGAAAGGUGAAAAGAUUGUCGUUUUCUCCUGGCGAAACAAAACAAAAUUUGCGAAAAGAGAGAAAUCACAGCUAAAUUUCGCAGGCCGAUAAACUUGAAACGGAAAUCUCGGUUUAAUGAUGUAGAGAUUUUAUUUACGAAGCAUUUACGAGAUUUUAAGGGAAACCUCUGUCAUUUCCCUGUAGAAAGCAAAAGGGAAAAAGGAAAGAAUACAAAUGAGAAAAGCGUCGCUCCUGUUUCAUACACUGAGAGAAAAAGUUGUUGACUUAAAAAAUAUUAGUUCACUCUAAUGUUCAACUAAACGCGGCGGACACGGGCUGUCAAGCAAUCAUUUGUUGAUUCAAAGAAAUGCGUGUUGAGAUAAGUACAGAUAAUUCAUUCGAAUUAUUGCCGUGUAUUUGACUUCAAUAAAUAAUAUUUGAAUCAAAUAAUUUAUAAACAACUGAACGCAUUUAAGUUUAGUUAACUUUUUUUUCUCAGUGUACAAAUGAACAAUUAAACUGAUUUCUUUGGUACCUACGAAUCACCGAAGCCGAGCCGGGCCGUUUCUCCGAGAGAAGCGCACCGCCUCUUAUUUAUAACAUUUAAGUUAUUGUUUACAAUAUUUAACUAACGCUUGCGAAUACUUCGUAUUUAAAACGUCUUGUGAUACUACCUCCCUCUUCUCUCCCUCCCGCAUCUGUCAAAUAAUUGAUCUUCUUGCGAUCAACUCGUAAUCUGCUUCCCUUGCUUCCUUUCGUUCCACCUUUGCAUUUUGCAUUUUGUGAAUCCGAUUUAUUCGGAAAUUAAAAAAACAAAAAAAAUAAAGCGAGAAAAAAACCGUCUCGUUAAAACGCAAGAAUCAACGCCUGUAUCUUACGCGAACAAAAUAUUAACAAUAUUAUAAUAAACUGUGUCA